CGCCCAAAGAACGACGAGGAACACGGAAGUGGUUCGCUGUUUGUAGUAUUUCCGCUUUUAGACAAGAGCCGGAUAAAGAGACAUGACAGCGACUCUGCGUCCAUACUUAAAUGCUGUACGGGCAACACUGCAGGCAGCUCUCUGCCUGGAAAACUUCUCCUCACAGGUGGUCGAGCGCCACAACAAACCUGAGGUUGAAGUUCGGAGCAGUAAGGAAUUGUUGCUUCAGCCAGUUGUGAUAAGCAGAAAUGAUAAAGAGAAGGUCCUUAUUGAAGGUUCAAUCAACUCUGUUCGUGUCAGCAUUGCAGUAAAGCAGGCUGAUGAGAUUGAAAAGAUUCUGUGCCACAAGUUCAUGCGUUUCAUGAUGAUGAGGGCUGAGAACUUUUUCAUUCUGCGGAGAAAACCAGUGGAGGGCUAUGAUAUCAGUUUCCUCAUCACUAACUUUCACACAGAGCAGAUGUAUAAGCACAAGUUGGUGGAUUUUGUCAUCCAUUUUAUGGAGGAAAUUGAUAAGGAAAUCAGUGAGAUGAAGCUCUCGGUCAAUGCAAGGGCACGAAUAGUUGCUGAAGAAUUCCUCAAGAAUUUUUAAAAGGAAGGACCUGCUCGCCCUCAGCUCACUGCAACAUUUCAAUGUGAUCAGCGUAAAGCAGGGUAAAGGUUUGUGUUCUUGAAAGUCAAGCAAGUAACAGAGAGUGAGAGAGUGGACACAAAGUGUGAACAUCAACAUUUAAAGUAACAUGGACCAAAUGGAUUGAAGGCUGGUGUCCUCUCCACAGGACUGAAUUCGGAGUAUUGGAGUGAUGUCAACCAAAAGCGCUCAUGGAAUUUAAAGACUCUCUGUACUGUUCAGCUGUAGUCUUUAGUAGUUAUUUAAAAUUGCAUUAUUAAUCCUCUUGUGCCAACUUUAUUUGCUUGCUUGCUAACUUGGUCCAAACGUGUUCUAUACUUAUAAGGAUGUCCCAAAUGUCUUCACAUAUAGAGGAAGUUAACACGCAAAGUUUUAGCAAAAUGUAGCUCUAUUUCCAAAACAUCCUCUAAAUGAGUGGCAUUUCUUUGUAGAACCCACUCACUAUAAACAAGUUUUAAAACAUCUGGGGAAUGCUUUUCUUAAAAUGAAUCAUGACCUUCAUAUACCUCCACAGGUAAAAAUCAACUGAGCUUUUGGAAGACAUUUUGCCAAAAAAGGUAAAUUUCAUUUAUAAAUGAAGAUUUUUGGGACACCUUAUACUUAAUGAUCUCUUCUCUUCCGCAGCACACCCCUUUAAACUCAUUGUUUUUGUAACACAGUGCUGCAGUAUGGAUCUGCCUCAUCUUCCUCUAUGCUCAUGAGUCAACAAUAUGCAUAGAUGCUGAACAAACCUUUAAAAUCAGGGUGGACAUUCUUUGAUAAAUCUUUCAAUAUUCUUGAACAUGAAAAGAAAAAACGAGCCAGUGUUCCAGUAAUGUAAACUGAUAAUGCUCUCAAUUCAUUAUUUGUAAAAUAUAUGUAUAUUGUGUGCACAGUGACAUUUUCCUGUCUGAUUUUGAUAUAUUGACCUUCACACUAUUGCACAUGAACUACACAAGACCUUAUUAAUUGUAGAGACAAGAUGACGAAACAGUUAUGAUUAAUAAACAUCUCUCUAUUGCUUGUAA